CAUAUGCAUGCGCGCGAUUGAUUUAAACGAUUUUAGUAAUUUUGGGUAUAUAAAAGAACAUAAACUAGUUUAAGACAACGGAAAAGAAAUAUAAACAAUCAAUAUGAAUUCCGAUCCGUGCAAAGUUUGCGGUAACACAGACAUGAAUCUAAUCGACGGGUUUUAUUAUUGUGUGGAAUGUGGGACUCAGGAUGCAAACUUAAUGGAAACUAUGAUCGAGGAUAUGGUGUUAAAGGACGGAACAUUCGCAGCGAAACAGAAGACACGGAUUACUAAUGUAUUUCGGGUGGUAGAAAAAGUAUCUCCUGAAUGGCACAAAUGGCAAGCUUACAACUACAUCCUCUGCGGCAUGGUUAAAGAAGUGAUGGACCUUGGUGCCGGCCCGAAGUUCAAAAUGCGAGUAAUGUGGCUUUGGACCCUGUACGUUAAGAAGUUCCAAAGGAAAAAGGAGUUAGGUUUACCUGGAGAAGAUGUAGAACCAAUGAAGAGCACACUGGGUAUAAAUCGUGUGUUGAACGUUAAGCAUCGCAAAUAUGAUCUCUUACAGUUAAACAUAUGUAAGGUGACUGUGAAUUUACUUGUCACCAUCAUAUACUUAGCACUUAACUUUGAUAGGAGUGAAAUACUAAUUUCAGACUUGUGCAGAUUUAUCAGAGAAGGUAGACUUACCUUCAAAAACAGCGCUAAAUUCUUACCCAAAGAGAUUGAUGUGACAUUGAUUGAGGGAUUCCAAAUGUUCAAUGCACCGGAGAGCCCUAAUGUUGAAUACAAUAACACUCAAGCUAUGACAGUCUUGAAAACACUAGAAUUAGGUUCCCCAAUUGUUCCAGAUUUAAGGAAAAUAGUUGUAAGAUAUGUGAAAGAGCUGUGUCUUCCGAGAGAAUUUAGUAAUUUAGUUCUUUCACUCAUGGAUUAUGUGCCGUGUGAUUAUUUAGAUUUAGACAAAUUUAUCAUGAAACAAAUAACAUCUAUACCAUUUUAUGAAGGCAAAGUUAUGGCUUAUAUUUUAGUUGCCCUGAAAAUGUGUUUUGGUUUAGACGAUGAAUAUGAAAUCAGGUUGUCCGAUGCGGUAGAUCAUAUCAAUAAUGAAAAUUGUCACAUGAAAUGUCACAAGUUAGGAAUGUUCUCUACAACUUCUGAUAGAUUAUUUUCCUUUCGAGAUUGGAUCAAGUUUCUUCAGUUAAGAAAAUUAAUUUUAAGUAGAUGUUAUGUACCGUUAGCUCUUUUAUAUCAUACAGAUUUUGAUGAUUAUGUUUAUAUGGAGCAAAGAGAUGUUAAAAUACCAUAUAAAAAACAACCUUCGUUAUCUGAUGAUAUAAUAAUGUCACUAUUAGAAAGAAUCAGGACAGAUGCUAGGAAGGAGGUGAUACCAAAAAACGCAUUUCCGUCCACUCUUACUCCUUUUACGGAUUAUACUGAUGUUGUCUUACAACAUUAUCAUGAUCCUGAAGUAAAAUUACUUCUUAGUGAAGAUUUUACACAAUAUUCAUUAGAGUACGCUUGCGUUAACUUAGAUUUACGGAUAUCAGAUGACAGUAACAAUAUUAUAGUUGGUGUGGAAGAAAGUAGUAAAUGUAUUAAAAAAGAUAUUAAAUCAAAAAUUAGUGCUGCACAUGAAAUUCGUAGAGACUACUCUUUAGUUUAUAUUAGGAAUUGCGAAAACAAACAUUGGUUGAAAACGAAUCCGCCUACAAAAGACCACAUAAAAAAAGUGAAAAAAGAGGACACAGAUGAAAAGGACCAUGAUGUGGUUUCCUUAGAAAAUUCUGAAUCGGAUAUAAGUAGCAUUGUUAAUGAAACAAUUAUAAGAGAGGAUGUUGAUGAUAAGAAAUUAGAAUUCAUUGAUGAAGAUAGAAGUGAUAACAUAUUUGAUGACGAUUUUAAAGAUUUUGAAGAAUAUGAACCGAAAAUUCAUUCUGAGUUGCUUAGUAUUAAAGAAGAGCCUAUUGACGAAAUAAAUACAGAAACUGGUGAAAAUGGUGACAUGUUGAACAGUAAUGCUGAAAAUCUUGAUUUCAAUUCUCUUGUUCAUAGCUCCAUUCCUGACGAGGAUGGACUGGAGUAUUUUUUCAACCCUGAAACAUUUGAUAGAGAAAGCGCAAUUAAACACUUAGUAUUACUAACUUGUAAAAAAUAUAGUAUACCUAUACCAAAAGAAUAUAAAACAGUAGAAAAUAAAGCGCCAAGAAAACGAAAAUGUGAAAAUGUAAAUAAAGAAAAUACUGAGGAUGUCGCUGUUUCUGAAAAGAAGCCGAAAACGCGGACGAAGCCAGGGGAAGCGCGGAAUCAGGUCAAUGUUUUACUCUCCGCAUAUUACGAUAGCUUGAAACAUGACGUGUUUUCUUCAGUCAGUCAUCAUGUCAAAGAUCUUGUUGACAAUUUAGAAAGAAUUAGAGAAAAUUUUAAUAUCGAGGAUCAAAUAAAUGAGGAUUUAGAUAAUAAUGUCGAGCAGUAUCACAGUGAAACUCUACACGAUAGUAAUAAUGGAAUUAAUAUAGACGAAACACAAAAUUUUGAAGAUCCAAGCAUUGUGGAAAUUCAGAACCAAACAAAAGAUGAAAGCGCCGUCGAGGAAUCAGAAACCGCCUACAGGGGAGAUCCAAAAUUUGACGACAAAAUUUAUGAUGUUAAACAAUUGUAUGUGGAAAUGGAAGACGAAAGUUUAGAGGAUAUAUUCGACAUACGUGAUGACCCUGAAGUGGACAGGAUCAUUUCAAAGAAAAUUGAUGAAUUAGCAUCUACGUCUGUUGAUUGUAAAUCGAAUGCUAAAGCUGAUAAACGAGAGGAAAAUUACAAUGAUUGGGAUGAUGAUAUACCGCUCAGUGAAAUUAAAGAACAAAUUUUGGAAAAGAGGAGAAUACGUGAAGACGCCUUUAAUAAUUUAGAAUAUUUGAUUACGAAUAGAAGGGAGUUAACAAAAAAUAAUUAUUGGAUUAGGAAGGAGAAGAUUAUGAGCAGGGUACAGAAUAGAUCGGAUUCCUUCACAAAUGACAUGAAGGAAUGUUUCCCGCGAAGUUUUAGUUUCCUUUUGAUCGAAUGCGCGGCCAUGUUGGAUUGUACACCAUUCAUUCUGUACAAAUACAUGUGCCAAAUCGAAGAAUAUUUAAUUUAAUGGUAUUUUUAUUAUGGCGUUAGAUACGAUUGUUGGUUAUUUAUUUUUGUAAUUUGGCAAUAAUGUUAGGAAAGAAAAUGUUUAUUUUUUAUCAUGACCUGACUGGAUCGAACCUGCGCUUUUAAUUAUGACGUGAAACGGGAUAACGAUAGUUUAACCAUUUUUUAUUUCAUUCCAUCCAUUUAGUUGAUAGUGCCAAGCCUAGCCACACUGGAGUCAGAAAAAGCACAAACCCACUGAAGUCGAUGAUGCAUACCUUUUUGUUUUUAAUUUUUUUUAGCUUUGUUUGGUUUUUGGUUUGUAAAAAUAAUUUAAAGGUGACUUCUAGUCGUAAUGUAUAAGUUUGUCAUUAGCCUUUUUGCAAGUGAUCUUUUUGUUUAUGUAAUUCGUAAGAUAUUGAGGAUAUAUUUAAUUAUACACUCUACUGCAGAAAACCCUUCCUCUCAUGGUUUCGGUUUA